CUUUUUCCCCGUUACGUUUAACAUUUGAAUGAGUAGCAGUAGCCAAGUUUUAAGCUCUCCUCAAGUUUCCCAGGCCGGUGAAGCCUCUAGCUCUUCGAAGCCUAAUCCUAGUGUCAGUAAUGCUUCAGAAAAUGAAACUGCUAAGAAGAGCCGUAACAAAAGAAAUAGAAACCGAAAGAAGAAUCCCAACGUUUUAAAUGCUACAGAGGCAGGUACACCCAAAGUAGAAGGGGAAUCCAGCACGGAAAAAAAGCCAGCCACGAAGAAAACCAACAACAGACCCAAACAACCCAACAAUGUGAAUAACUCUGCAGCUCGUAUCAGCAAAAACAGAGCUCAAGGUCGUUUGACCGAAAAUAAAGUUGAAAACCAGGAUGAAGACGGGUUGAAACCUUCAUCUUUUAAAAAGAAAUCCAACAACAAUAAUAAUAGAUCGAAACGAGUCGCUAAAUUACCACCUGGAGAGCACGACAUGGCUACCGUUGUAGCACAUGAACUCAAAAUUUCAACUUAUGAAUGUAUGAUUUGUAUGGAUGUUGUUCGACCAGCUCACCAUGUUUGGACUUGCGAUUGUUGCUGGGCAGUUUUCCAUUUAAAUUGUGUGCAAACUUGGGCGACGAAGUCAUUAAAAGAUCCAGCAUCCAAUAAAAUGGUCACAGGUUGGAGAUGUCCCGGUUGUCAAAACAAUCGUACAGUUGUUCCAAGAGACUAUUUGUGUUUCUGUGGAAAACAACGUAAUCCCGAAAGUUCUAAAUAUAAUACACCACACAGUUGUGAACAAUUGUGUAAGCGACAUAAAUCAUGUCCUCAUGAGUGUGUACUACCUUGUCAUCCAGGUCCAUGUCCUCCUUGUAGUUCAAUGGGUCCCAUCACCACUUGCUACUGUGGCCACAAUACCCGACAGGCAAGAUGUAUAGAUACCGAUUAUUCAACAAAGGGAUUUUCAUGUGCAGAUGUUUGUGACGAAUUGUUAGGCUGUGGUAAGCAUCGAUGUGAGGAAAGCUGCCAUUCCGGAAUUUGUCCUCCUUGCGAAAUUCAAGAAAUACAGUCUUGCUAUUGCGGACGUCACGAAAGGACUGCUCGAUGUGGUUCAGGCAAACAAGUUCAGUUACGUGGACAUAUUGGUUACUAUAGCUGUAACGAGAAAUGCGAUACUGUCUUUAUGUGUGGUCAACAUCGUUGUGAAAAACCCUGUCAUCCAUGCACCGCCAAUUCUCAACCAUGUCCUUCCGAUCCUAGUCUUAUUAAAACAUGUCCUUGUGGUAAGCAUACUAUUCAAGAAUUGCUCGGCGGUAAGAUUCGUACUUCGUGUAAUGAUCCUGUUCCCACCUGUACAUCUACCUGUGACAAGGUUUCUGUCUGUGGUCAUCCUUGUACCAAAAAAUGUCAUUUAGGUGAUUGCCCUCCCUGUAGAGUUGCUGUUCAAGUACCUUGUCGUUGUCAAUCCACCUCAUUUAAGGAUACAUGUUACAAUGUAUGUGAAGCUGUUGGCGGCGAACCUCCUUUAUGUGACAAAGUAUGUAAGGCUAUAAGAAACUGUGGUAAACAUAACUGUGGAACAGAAUGUUGUCCCGCUAUGAAGGUCAAAGGCAAAAGAAAGACAGGAACAGAAUAUGCUCAUGAUUGCCCUCAAGUUUGUGAUCAAUUGCUGUCAUGUGGUGUACAUCGUUGUCAAGAUAUGUGUCACAAAGGCAAAUGCCGUCCAUGUUUGGAGGCUGUAUUUGAUGAUGUUACAUGUAAUUGUACACGUACUAGAUUAGAACCUCCCGUUAGAUGUGGAACCAAAUUACCUCCCUGUGUUUAUCCAUGUAUCCGUCCCAAUCCUUGUGGACAUAUGCGUUUUUUGAAUCAUAAUUGUCAUCCUGACGAUGAACCUUGUCCUCCAUGCCCUGCUCUUGUCAGCCGUCAUUGUCUUUGUGGAAAGACAGAAUUGAGGAAUGUUCCUUGUUAUCGCGAGUCUCCUCGAUGUGGACGUCCUUGUGAAAAGGACCUUCCUUGUGGUAAGCAUAAGUGUCCUAAAUCAUGUCAUAACGGUCCAUGCUUGGUUGAAGGUGAAUCUUGUAGUCAAAUUUGUGGUAGUGCGAGAAGUUGUGGUCAUCCAUGUCAAAGCAAGUGUCAUGGUACAAACACACCAUGUCCUGAAGAUAAUCCUUGUACUGCGAGAAUUAAGGCCAGCUGUAAAUGUGGGCAGAAUACGAUUGAAAUUCCCUGUAAUGCAACUGCAGAAUCAAGUGGAUCUAAAAAGGAUUUGGAAUGUAAUGAUUUUUGCGCCAAGGUGUUGCGUAAUCGUCGUCUUGCUAUGGCUUUUGAUAUUAAGCGUGAUGACUUAAGUACCCCUACAUCUUCACAGUCACCUACGGUCGGAUCCGUGAUGGACCCCAAAGUACUUUCCUCGGACGAUCUUGGCUAUUAUGAUGAUACUUUGCGUGAUUUCUACCUGGGAAAUACAAGCUGGUGUCGACAUAUGGAGAAUUCCAUGAUUGAAUUUGUUCAAGACCCUACCCAGAAAAGUUUCCAUUUUAAGCCAAUGCGUAGCGAAUAUCGUCGAUUCAUCCACCGUUAUGCUGUACACUUCAACAUCUCUACAGAAGCUAUUGACAGUGAGCCUAAACGUAGUGUCAUUAUCCGAAAGACGCUUGGCCCAAGCAGAAUCCCUCCCAUUUUAUUAUCCAAAGCUGCUCGUAAUCCUUCUUUAAAUCGUGCUCCUACUACUAUUCAAGGCAUCGAGGCCGACACAAGCGGUCGAUCUAUGGUUAGACAGCCCGUCAAUGCCUUAUAUCUUACAGAUUUGGCUUUUGGUUUGACUAAAUUAGAAUUGGAUGCAGAUUUAGUUCCCUUAAUCAAAAUUGGAGAUGAUAUUAUACAUUUUACAACAACUUGGGUGAAUGAAAACGAUGCCAUUGUUGUACCAUCAAUCAGCGAUGAUAUUUCAAUGGACGAGAAAGAAAAUAUCAUUUGGCAGUUAAAGAAAUCUGUUAAAGCAGCAUUUAUGAAGAUCGAAGAAACAAAGGCAGCUCGAAUUGAUUGUUGUUGGGUGAAUCAAAAAGGCGAAGUUACUUGGAGCGAGAAACAAGUAGCAGACGAGAAAAAGUUGGCAGUGGCAGCAGCGACAGCGAGCUCAUCAGCUACAACACGAAGAAAAUUAUUUGUAAAUUCGUACGAUGCUUUGAAGACCGUGGACGAUGAUGGAUGGAUGCGUGUAGGAGGUGAUAAUCCCUUCAAGCCCGCAAAGGACGCUUGGAUCGAAUCUCCCAAAGCAACCCCUCCUCCAGUUGUCACAGAUAACGAAGAAGAAAAAGAAGACGCGGCCUCCGAUUCGACAAAUAAUGUCGUUGAGGAUGCAGUGAUUGUAAAUACCGAAAGUAAUACGAGUCAAACUCCAGAAUCCGAUGAUUGGGAAAUUUUGUUGGAGGAAGACGAAUAGACAAUACCUUUAUCAUGCAUAAUUACUUUUACAUUAUAGCAUUGUUACAUAAUUACACUUUUAUAUUAAAUAAAACAAUAAAAACAGCAAAUAAUUUUUCAAAGUGA